AUGAUGAGUAAAAGACUAGCGAAGCUCUAUCGUCCGUGCGACAAGCUCGACAAGUACGAUAAUGAGCCUUACAUGAAAAAUCCUUUGCUGCACAUUCGAUUGUCAGAAAUUCGUCAACGGAGGCAUUAUUCUUACUUGCAAAAGAAGGCAGUUGAGGAAAAAGUCAAAUCCUGUAAAAAGCCUCUUUCAGUGGAUUCUGAUAUCGACGAUGUACUUAAAAGACCUCAAGAAUACUACAUCAAAAAACUUCGAAUGUACGCCAGUAAAGCUCCGAUCCCAAAAAUGCUCAAAAGAACCGAAAAUAAAAUCCUGAAUUUCGCUCCGAAACGUCUUCGUACGAAAUAUCCCGUCAUCGUCAAUACUUUUAUGAAAGACGUUCAUGAGGAUUUCGAUCGUAUCAUGAAGGCUUAUAGCCUUCAAAAAAUCCUCCGACCUGGUCCUGAUGACUUUAUCCCUCCCCGAGUUGAUUUUCAUUUUCAACGAAGCGGUCGAACUUCAAAUUAUCCGAAUUACGUUAAAAAUCGGGAUAAAAUUCGACGUUUACUGGUCAUUCCUUAUCCUUUUAUCAGGUGCAUUGUUAAUUAUGCUGCUACAGAUUUCCCUACUUAUCUCGUGGAACUUGACAAAUAUCGCGUUCCAGGAGGAGAAAUUUCAAUUUAUGACUUGAAGGAUCACAUGAAACGAGAUUUGAGGAGCAACUCUGCGUUCCUACAAAAGAUUUGGUAUCCUAAAAUUGUGAAAAUUAUUCACAAACAUUAUCGGAAAAGAACAAUCCCGUUGAAAAUGUGGGAAAGAGCCUUAAAUUGUGCAAGUGGUUUGAUAAAUCGCCAAUUGAAUGAAAUGAAGAUGCGAACGAUUGAUCAUUUAAAUCACAUAAUUUUGGAUCGCGAGAAGAUGCCUUUUAUUAAAACGAUCGCCUGUAUGGAAGGAGGUUUAAUUCUCGCUCCCAGUAUCAAUGAGAUAAUUUUGAUAUUCCAAGAGUUUAUUGACGAUAUCUUAGCUGUUGGAGAUCAUAUGGAUCCCAUAACCUAUUCCUUUGAAGAAACUGCUCGAGCGACUAUGCGAGGUGUCUUAUGGAAAAUUACCAUUGGCGACAUCUAUCGACAAGAUGCACUUCAACGAGUGAAACAGUCGCUCAUAAAGGCUUACGAAUGCACAACUACCUACUUGGCUUCAUUCCAAAGUGACUUCUUCAAGUUAUACUCGCCAGUAACUGAAACCAAACUAGAUAUUUUUCUAUCGGAACCCCACACUUUCGAAGAACGCUUGGGAAAAAUCGAGGAAUUCCAAAUGUACAUCGAGAAAAUAAAGAAACUCGUAGCGAGAGAAUUUUUCGAUAUCGCGAUCGUAAAUCAGCAGGAAGCGAUCAAGAGUCUUCGACAAAUUGCUCAAGACCUGAUCGAUCGAAUUGUGGAUAAACUUGUGCAAGCUCAUCGACAAGAAAAUAUGGAAAUCUGUAAGGAAUUUGAGACGAUCCGGUAUAAGGCACUGGCAAUACCGAAAAGUACAGAACAACUCACAGAAAAUGGGGAGUACAUGGUUUACGUGAAAAACACUUAUAUUGAUGUUCUUGGUGAAAGAAUUCAAAAAUCCCUACAGGUUAUGGGCAUUCUGGUAGAACUUAGAGAAUUACCACAAGAUUUACUGGACUUACAAGUGAGAACAGUUAAUUGGAUGCACAAUAUUGAAAGUGCAUUCGAAACAAACAGUCAAAACUAUGAACAAUACAAAUUUCAAUUUGAAGAAAAACUUCAAGAGGUUAUAAGAUCUCUUUCAGACAAAAUUGACGAACUUAUACCGCAUCUCGUGGUUAUCAAUGACAUGUGUGAAGUUGAAAAACUUAAUGAUUAUCACACAAUUUUGGAAAAUUUCUUGGAACAGAUUGUCGUUCUUGAUGAUUAUGUUACAUGGACUAAUAAGGAAGAGUUACUCUUUAAAUUUCCAAAGUCUCUUUAUCCAACUCUCGAAAGUAUUAAAACUUUCGUGGUGCCAUUUAUGUUGCUCAUUAAGCUCUGUAUGCGAUGGCUUCGUCACUACUACGUUUGGAUGGAUGGACCUUUUGAAUACUUGGAACCAGAAAUUGUAUCAUCAACUACUGAUGAAUUCCAUCGCGAGUUCCAGAAAACGCAGAAAUACUACAGAGCUCAGAUCAAAGCUGAUCAAUUAAAGGAUUCUGUGUGCAAGUUCAAGGGACAAAUGGAAGACCCGGAUCCAGAUAAACAUCCAGUGCCUUUGAAAUUAUGUACGAAAAUGACAGCUUGGAUUAAGGAGUUCCGAAUGGGAGUCUAUGUGGUUAAUAUUAUGUGCAAUCCAGCUUUACGUGAUAGGCAUUGGGAUGAAAUGUCUGAUAUUGCAGGUUUCGACGUUGCACCAAAUGCUGGAACAACUCUCCGAAAAAUCUUAAAUUUCCAUAUCGAACACAUUUUGGAUAAAUUUGAGAUCAUCAGUAUCAGUGCGAAUAAAGAAUUGCAGCUCCAGCAAAAUCUGGCAGCGAUGAUACAUGAAUGGGAGACAGUCAAUUUUACAUUUAGUACAUACAAGGAGACUCAUAUUAAUAUUCUGACCAGUUUGGAUGAUAUUCAGUGCAUUCUCGACGACCACAUUGUCAAAACACUCGCAAUGAGAGGAUCUGCCUUUGUCAAGCCCUGUGAAGAUGAAGUCAAGGCCUGGUACGCCAAAUUAACUCGAAUCAACAAAACCUUGGAACAAUGGGGUCGCGUACAAGCAACUUGGUUAUAUUUGCUCCCAAUUUUCUCUUCAGCUGAUAUUGUGGCUCAAAUGCCAGAAGAAGGACAACUUUUCAUCAAAGUUGAUGCCAUUUACAAACAAUACAUGGAAUUUGUGGUUGACCAUCCACUUGUUGUUGAAACAGCAGCUCUUGGAGGUCUUUUGGAGGCUAUGCAAGAAGCUAAUGCCAUGUUAGAAGACAUCACAAAUGGAGUGAAUGCUUAUUUGGAGAAGAAGAGAUUGUACUUUCCACGCUUCUUUUUCUUAUCAAACGAUGAAAUGUUGGAGAUUUUAUCAGAAACAAAGGAUCCGUUAAGAGUUCAACCACAUUUAAGCAAAUGUUUCGAAGGAAUCAAUCGUCUUCAUUUUGAUCAACAUUUAGUCAUUCACUCGAUGUUGAGUGUCGAGAACGAAGAAGUGAAAUUCCUCAACAAAAUUUCAACUGAGGCAGCUCGUGGCAGUGUCGAAAAAUGGCUUUUGCGAGUACAGGAAGAGAUGUUACUCGCCAUUCGUCAUCAGAUCAACCAAAGUUACAGUGCCUACUUCAAAAAAUCCCGUUCCGAAUGGGUCUUAGACUGGCCUGGCAUGAUUAUUUUAUGCGUUUCGCAGAUUUUUUGGGCUGCUGAGAUGCAUUCUUGUUUCUUAUUCAAAAACCCAAAGUUAAUUCUAAACUUUUUCGAUCAAGUCAAAGAAGAUCUCAAUGAAAUCGUGACCUUGAUCCGUUCCAAGGAGAUCACCAACUUACAACGCAUCACUAUUAAAGCUCUAAUUGUCAUCGAUGUCCAUGCCAAAGAUGUCGUCGAAGAAUUAAUCCAAAUGAAAGUCAAUUCCGAACAAGAUUUCCGUUGGUUAUCGCAGCUACGUUACUAUUUCGAAGGCGGAAAUGUCGUGGUAAAGAUCAUAAACGCCGCCGUGAAGUUCGCUUGUGAAUAUUUAGGCAACUCCGAUCGUCUUGUAAUCACUCCGUUAACAGAUCGUUGUUACCGAACCCUAAUGGGAGCGUAUCAGCUGCAUUUGAAUGGAGCUCCUGAAGGUCCCGCUGGUACCGGAAAGACUGAAACAACAAAAGAUCUGGCAAAAGCUCUGGCUGUUCAAUGUAAAGUCUUCAACUGCUCCGAUGGUUUAGAUUACAAAGCAAUGGGGAAAUUUUUCAAAGGCCUUGCUUCGUGUGGAGCUUGGGCAUGUUUUGAUGAGUUCAACAGGAUUGAACUUGAAGUCUUAUCAGUAGUUGCUCAGCAAAUUUUGAGCAUCAUCCAAGCUGUUCGUGGAAAAAUGAAGAGAUUCAUGUUUGAAGGCACUGAAAUCGACUUGAAUCCUGCUUGUUACGUUUGUAUCACCAUGAACCCUGGAUAUGCUGGUCGCAGUGAACUUCCAGAUAAUUUGAAAGUUCUGUUUCGCACAGUGGCGAUGAUGAUUCCGGAUUACGCGAUGAUUGGUGAAAUUUCGUUAUAUUCCUUUGGAUUCGUGAACGCUCGUUCAUUAUCAGUGAAAAUUGUGACAACUUACCGUUUAUGUUCUGAACAGUUAUCUAGUCAAAAUCACUAUGACUAUGGCAUGAGAGCAGUUAAGACAGUUCUUCAAGCUUGUGGCAACUUAAAGAAGAAGUAUCCAGAUGAAGAUGAAGAAAUCAUUCUUUUGCGAUCUUUGAUCGAUGUUAAUCUACCAAAAUUUUUAUCUUUUGACGUUCCAUUGUUCAAUGGCAUCAUUAGUGAUCUCUUCCCUGGAGUAAGUCUCCCUAAGCCAGACUAUGGGCUACUCACCGACACCUUCAACAAAGUUUGUAAAGAACUAUGUUUACAGCCACUUGAAAGUUUUCUCAUCAAAGUUAUCCAAACGUUUGAAAUGAUGAUCGUUCGUCAUGGUUUUAUGAUGGUUGGCGAGCCAUAUGCCGGAAAAUCUUCAACCUUAAAAGUUUUGGCUCGUUGCAUGGAACUCCUUGAAGACAAAGGCAUCAAUCCUUAUUUUCAAAAAGUUUAUCUUGGGAUUGUCAAUCCAAAAGCAGUCACUUUGGGGCAACUUUAUGGUGCCUUUGAUCCCGUCAGUUAUGAAUGGACUGACGGGAUCGCUUCACGGAUCUUCAGAUCUUUCGCUGUGGAUACAACUCCUUGUAGAAAAUGGCUCAUUUUCGAUGGUCCUGUGGAUGCGUGUUGGAUUGAGAAUAUGAACACAGUCUUAGAUGACAAUAAAAAGCUGUGUCUCACUUCAGGCGAGGUCAUCAGUAUGAAUAAUCAGAUGUCAAUGAUUUUUGAGGUUAUGGAUCUGGCACAAGCCUCUCCAGCGACAGUGUCACGAUGUGGUAUGAUCUAUAUGGAACCUGUUACCCUUGGAUGGGAAGCUUUUGCAUUAACGUGGUGCGAUCGACAAGAUCCCGCUUGGAUGGACGGUUACAAAGAUUACGUCAUGGAUUUGCUCCGAUGGAUUAUUCCAAGUUGCAUUUUGUUCGUGAAGAAAAAUUGUAAACAACUUUUAUAUCCAGGGGACACGAAACUCCUGAUGACUUCUUUGUCGAUCCUGGAAAUGCUGAUGGCAGAUGCAUGUGAAGAAAAUCCGGAAGAUUAUCAGAAAUUUGUAGCUUCGUGGUAUCAAAAUGCUUUGUUGCUUGCAGUUGUGUGGGGAGUUGGCGGGAUUUUGGAUUAUGACUCGCGAAUUAGGUUUGAUGAGUUUUAUCGUGAAGUCUGGAAAUGCACAGAUGAAGCAAAUCCGUUCCCAGAGAGGCAUGGAAAAGUUGAUGUUUUGAUUCCGCCUGAAGGAAUUGUUUUUGAUUAUUACUAUGUUUUUAAACAAAAGGGAUUGUGGAAAUAUUGGCCAGAUUUUGUGCGUCAACAGAAGCCUGAGACUGGAAUUGCGGUUCAGAUUCCAACGAUUGAUACUGCUCGUUACAUGUACAUGUUGGAUUUGCAUAUUAAGCAUCGUCAACCAAUGCUCCUCGUUGGACCCACUGGCACCGGCAAAAGUUUCUACAUCCAAAAUUUCAUGGUAAAACUCGACCCCGAAGAAUUCAUCCCCACAUUCAUCACUUUUACAACCCAAAUCACUGCCGAACAGACCCAAGAACUGGUCAUCACGAAACUCCACAAACACAAACGCGGCAUCUACGGUCCUCCAAAGGGCAAAAAAUGCGUUCUUUUCAUCGACGACAUGAACAUGCCAGCGAAAGAAAUAUUCGGCGCCCAACCCCCGAUCGAGUUAAUUCGCCAAUAUUUCGACCACAAAACAUGGUACGACGCCAGUGACGCGACUCCCAUUCACGUUUUCGAUAUUUUGAUCAUCGCUGCUUGCGGAUUAGUUGGCGGCAGUCGUCAAGAUGUUUAUGCCCGAUUUUUGUGUCAUUUCAAUAUUUUCUCGAUAAAUAAUUUUUCGGACGAGACCAUGCAUCGAAUUUUCUCCGCCGUGCUGCUUGACGGGUACAAAAGAUCAGGUCACUCCUCCGAUGUCAUCACGAAUUGCAACCAAAUCGUAAACGCCACGUUGGAAACCUACAAAUUCGCUUGCGAUAACUUGCGUCCUACCCCAGCUAAAAGUCAUUAUGUCUUCAAUUUACGUGAUGUAGCUCGCGUUGUGUGCGGUUGCUGCCUUUUAAAGAAAGAAUCUGUCGAAAGUAAAAAGAUUUUCUCGAGAAUUUGGUUCCACGAGAUCAUGCGAGUGUUUUUUGAUCGUCUCGUAAACGACGACGACCGAAAAUUGGUCUUUACAAAACUCGCAGACUGCAUUCGAGAUGUCUUCAAAGACAAAAUCGAGGAUUUAUUCGAAAAUUAUUUGGACGAAAAAGGAUUUAUCGAUCGUGAAAAAUUAAAUAAUUUGUAUUUUGGCAGUUAUUUCCACAUGGAUAUCGAUUUCGAGGAACGAAAAUACGAGGAAAUUGUCGAUAUCAAAGCUUUUCGCGACCUGGCCUAUAAAAAUCUCGAAGAAUACAAUGCCACAACUCGCAUGAAAAUGAACAUUGUAUUCUUCCAGUAUGCUUUGAUGCACUUGAAUCGCGUUUGUCGCAUCAUGACGAUACCCGGUGGAAGCGCCUUGUUAGUCGGUGUCGGCGGAUCAGGUCGUCAAUCGUUGACACGACUUGCCGCAAAUAUCUGCAAUCAGCAAUUUUUCCAGCCAGAAAUCACGAAAAAUUACGGAAUCAGUGAAUGGCGCGACGAUUUAAAGAAAUUACUUCGAAUUGCCGGCGGACUGGGACGAGAUUCGGUUUUUCUCUUCACCGAAGCCCAGAUAAAAAUGGAAGCUUUUCUUCAGGACAUCGAUUGUCUCCUGAAUUUAGGAGAAGUUCCCAAUAUUUUCGCGAUAGAUGAAAAACAGGAAGUUCUUGAACUGGUUCGCUUAGCAGCCCAAGGCGGAAAUCGCAACUUGGAUAUUUCGCCGUUGCAAGUUUUCCAGUAUUUCAUAAGUCGGUGCAAGCAAAAGUUGCAUAUUGUGUUGUGUUUUUCGCCAAUUGGCUCCGGGUUUCGUACUUGGACGCGUCUUUAUCCGUCUUUGGUGAAUUGUUGCACGAUUGAUUGGUUUGAACCGUGGCCUGAGGACUCCUUAGAGAUGGUUGCUGAACGUUACAUGCAAAAUUUGAGUGUUCCAUUGGAUGUCAAAAAAUCCGUUGUUCGGACUUGUAAGCAUUUUCACGUUUCUGCCAUCAAUAUGAGGGAAGAAUUUCUCGCAGCGACAGGAAGAAUCAUUUACAUCACUUCCGCUUCGUAUCUGGAACUCAUCAAAUCCUACACGAAAUUGAUAAAAUCCAAACAAGAUGAGACAAUGGCAAGUAAGAUGCGAUACAUUAUCGGUUUGGAUAAGUUACAAGAAGCCACCGAAGCAGUUGCGGUAAUGCAAAAGGAGCUAAACGAACUACAACCAACGCUGAUGAUAAUGGCGGAAAAUUCCCGUAAAAUGACGGAACAGAUUGAAAAGGAGUCAAUUGAUGCUGCUGCGGCGACGGAACAAGUCAAAAAAGAUGAAGUUGUGGCGAAUAUUCAAGCAGCUGAAGCGCAAGUUUUGAAGGCUGAUUGUGAAGCUGAUCUAGCUGUAGCAAUUCCAAUUCUAGAAGAUGCUAUUGAGGCAUUGAAUACGUUAAAACCAGCGGAUAUUACUUUGGUAAAGUCUAUGAAGAAUCCGCCAUCUGCCGUGAAACUUGUGAUGGCAGCAGUUGUCGUUAUGAAAGGCAUUCCGCCUGAUAGGAUAAAUGAUGCUGCCACAGGACGGAAGAUUUUGGACUAUUGGGGUCCGAGUAAAAGGAUUUUAGGUGACAUGGCAUUUUUGCAAACGCUAAAAGAAUAUGACAAGGACAACAUUAACAUCGACAUCAUGAAGCGAAUUCGCAAGGAAUUCAUUCCGCAUCCAGAUUUCAAGCCAGAAGUUGUUGCAAAAGCCUCCAGCGCCGCCGAGGGACUUUGCAAAUGGGUCAUCGCCAUGGACAAAUACGAUAAAAUCGCAAAAGAAGUCGCUCCGAAAAAAUUAAAACUCGAAGUGGCUGAACGAGAAUAUGCGGACACCAUGAGAAUUUUGAAUGAGAAACGAUCGUUGGCGCUGGCGCUCGAAGCACGUGUCCGUGAACUCAACAUAAACUUGGCAGAAGCAAACAUCAAGAAGAAAAAAGUCGAAGACGAGGUGGAAGCAUGUCGAAACAAACUUAUCAGAGCUGAAACGUUAAUCAGUGGCUUAGCAGGCGAGAAAAUUCGUUGGAUUGCCGCUGCUGAACACUUGCAGGAGGAUUACGAGAACUUGGCGGGAGAUAUUUUGCUGUCUUGUGGCAUAAUUGCGUAUUUGGCGCCACUUACGAGCUCUUACAGAAACAAAACGGUCGAAAUUUGGUACAAUAUUUGUAAAAAGGAAAAUAUUCCGUGCACUGAGGAUUAUUCUUUAAGUACUGUGCUUGGAUCUGACAUAACGACACAACAUUGGAACAUUUGUGGUUUACCAAGAGACGUAUUUUCCACUGAAAAUGCAAUUAUUAUGCAAAGUUCCCAACGUUAUAGCUUAUUCAUCGAUCCACAAGGACAAGCUAAUAAAUGGAUCAAAACUAUGGAAAGGAAUAACCAAAUUCGGGUACUCAAAUUUUCGCAAACCGAUUAUAUGAAGAAACUUGAACAAUGCAUCGAAUUCGGCUACCCAGCUCUAAUCGAAAACGUCUUCGAAGACAUCGACGUCUCGCUCGACACUUUACUCGCCCGCAACACCUUCCAAAUUGGUGGUCACGAAAGCAUCAGUCUUGGCGACAACGUGAUCCCAAUGUCACCCAAAUUUCGACUUUAUUUCACCUCAAAUCUCCGAAACCCGCACUAUUUGCCCGAAAUCUUCAAUAAACUCACAAUUGUAAACUUUGCCUUAACAAUUGAAGCUUUAGAAGACCAACUUUUGGGCAUCGUCGUCGCUAAGGAACGUCCCGACUUGCAAGAGCUGCGUCAAAAUUUGAUCGUGGAAAGUGCGAAAAAUAAAGCCACCCUCAAAAAUGUCGAAGAUAACAUCUUAAAGACACUUUCCGAGUCCAAAGGCGACAUUUUGGAAGACGAAACUGCGAUAAAAAUGCUCGACGACUCAAAAAUCCUGUCAAUUGAGAUAAAGAACAAACAAGCAGAUGCCCGCGUAACCGAGGAAAAAAUCGAAAGUUUCCGUUUGAGUUACAAACCAGUCGCAUCACAUUCCUCCGUGCUGUAUUAUUGCAUCACGGAUUUGCCAAACAUCGAUCCAAUGUAUCAGUUUUCGCUUGCAUGGUUCAUCAAUCUGUACAUUUACUCGAUUGAGCAUGCAAACAAAUCCAAGGACUUACACAAGAGAUUAAAAUUCCUAAUGGAUGCCAUCACAUGCAAUUUGUACAACAACGUUUGCCGUUCGUUGUUCGAAAAGGACAAACUUUUGUUCUCGUUCGUGCUCACGUCGAAGGUGAUGUUGGCCAACAACCAGAUCGACAUUAAUGAAUUUCAGUUUCUCAUCACGGGCGGCGAACAACGCGAAGUUACGCGACCAAAUCCGGCGCCCGAUUGGAUUACGGAGAAAAUGUGGGAUGACAUUAACCGUUUGGAGCAAUUGAGUAUUUUUACUGGGUUCGUGGAGAAUUUCGUGAGUAACUUGAACAGCUGGAAGCGAUAUUUCGACUUUACGGACCCCCAGCUGGAGCAAAUUCCCUCGCCGUGGGCCGAAUCGACGAACGCUUUUGAGAAAAUGGUCAUUUUGCAUGCAAUUCGUCCGGAUAAAGUAGCAGCUGCGAUUACGAUCUUCGUGGCGAAGGAGCUGGGGGAACAUUAUGUCAUGCCGCCACAAUUCGAUAUCGCCAAAUCUUAUGAAGAUUCGAAUUGUUUGUCGCCUCUGAUUUUUAUCCUGAGUCCGGGAGCCGAUCCGAUGAGUAGUUUGCUACUUUUUGCCGAACGCAUGGGAUUUGACGAGACUUUCCAAGCUAUCUCGUUAGGGCAAGGACAAGGGCCCAUCGCUCAAAGUAUGAUCGAAAAGGCGCAACGUGACGGAACGUGGAUUUGCCUCCAAAAUUGUCACUUGGCUACUUCGUGGAUGCCAACGCUCGAGUAUAUCUGGGAAAAUAUGGACAUGUUGAACACGGAAGCCACUUUUCGAUUGUGGUUGACGUCAUAUCCGUGGGACAAGUUCCCAACGGCAAUCCUACAAAACGGGAUAAAAAUGACAAAUGAGCCCCCGACGGGUUUGAGACAAAAUUUGCUAAGGUCUUAUACCUCAGAACCGAUGAGCGAUGAGAAAUUCUACACUGGAUGCCCGGGCAAAGAUCGCGCUUUCACGAAACUUCUUUACGGAAUCUGCUUUUUCCACGCAAUUUUGUUGGAACGACGCAAAUUUGGCAGUCUCGGAUGGAAUAUUCCCUACGGCUUUAAUGAGUCCGAUUUUCAGAUCUCUGUUCAGCAACUUCAGAUUUUCCUCAAUAUCUACGAGGAAGUUCCGUAUAUGGCGAUUUCGUAUUUAACGGGGGAAUGUAAUUAUGGGGGACGUGUGACAGAUGCCUGGGAUCGUCGCUUGAUUUGCACCAUCUUGGACGAUUAUGUGAACGAAAAAAUUGUGAACGAUAGCACGUACAAGUUUUCGGCCGAUGUCAAUUUCGGGAUACCACGAAAGACGGAAUGGCGUGAAGUGGUGAAGUUUAUUGAGGAAAAUGUGCCGAUUAUGCCGACGCCGAAUAUUUAUGGGCUGCAUCCGAAUGCCGGGAUUAUGAGAGAUUUGAAUAACUCGAAUUUGUUGCUGGAGUCGAUGUUGUUGACGCAGGGAAAGCAAACGUCGGGUAUUGAUGCGGAUGCGGAGAAAAAUUUGCUUAUUACGGUUAUGGAAAUUGAAAAGAGAUUACCUGAACUAACAGACUUGGAAGCAGUAAAGGAAAAAUUCCCCGUAGAUUACAACGAAUCCAUGAACACCGUCCUUGUCCAAGAAAUGGAACGCUUCAAUCGUCUCUUGUUCGAACUAAAAGCCACUUGUGUCGACGUCCAAAAAGCCAUCAAAGGUCUUCUCGUGAUGACACCUGAGCUCGAAGACACUUGCAACUCCAUCAUCAUCAAGAAAAUUCCCGUGCGCUGGCAGAAAAAGUCCUAUCCGAGCAUGAAACCAGUCGCCAGCUACAUUCAAGACUUCCUCGAACGCUUGAGAUUUUUACAAGAAUGGAGUGAAAUUGGCAAACCAGCUGCUUUUUGGAUUUCCGGCUUUUAUUUCACGCAAGCCUUUUUAACGGGAGCUAUGCAAAAUUAUGCGAGACAACAUCGCAUUCCAAUUGACACGUUAACUUUUGAUUUUGUGGUGAAACGUGAAGCAACUUCGAAAUACCCACCGCAAAGUGGCGUUUAUGUCUACGGCUUAUUUGUAGAUGGCGCUCGAUGGCUCGUGGAACGAGGUUGUUUAGACGAACAACUCCCCAAAGUUUUAUUAGACGUGAUGCCCAUGAUCCAUUUUAAGCCGGUUCUCACGAACGAACUCGACGAAGGAAGUCGUUACAAGUGCCCGGUUUACAAAACGCUUGAACGUCGCGGCGAAUUAUCCACUACCGGCCAUUCUACGAACUACGUCUUGCCCAUUUUGCUCGCAAUCGGCGAUUACAGUGUCAAACACUGGAUUAAGCGGAGUGUCGCCUUGGUCUGUCAAACGACUGACUAA